AACACUCCUGGAAGCCUGAUAAGACACCAGCGAACACCAACAUCCUCUCUGUCAUCAUUCUGUUUUUUCCUUUUGCAGUUGAUCUACAAUAAUUUCCAGAGAGCAGAAUGAAGAGCAUCCAGUAUUUGGCAGGACUUCUACUGCUUAUCAUUGUGCAAAGCAGUUGGCAAAAUCCCACUGAAGACACAGAGGAAAACUCUAGUGUAAUGUUAGAAGAUACGCUAUUCAAUAAUCCAACUACCAUGAAGAGGCACUCAGAAGGAACAUUCUCAAACGAUUACAGCAAAUAUCUGGAGACCAGAAGAGCUCAGGAUUUCAUACAAUGGCUGAUGAACUCAAAGAGAAGUGGGUCCCACACAAGACGGCAUGCAGACGGCACAUAUACCAGCGAUGUGAGUUCAUACAUGCAGGACCAGGCAGCCAAGGAGUUUGUGUCCUGGCUGAAAAUGGGGAGAGGAAGACGAGAGUAGAGAAGCUCCCUACAGCAUGAGAUAAGCAGUUCAUACCAUUUACACUGGAAAGAGACACUCGGCGACACUCGGUUGAACCAUCUUAUUCCACCUACCAUAUUUUAUAUGGAACUGUGGUGUCAUUGCCUAAAACAAAAUGUGUUUGAAAUAAAUCUCUGCUGAACU